AUGACUUCAAGAUACAGAGUAGAAUAUGCAUUAAAAUCACAUAGAAGAGAUGAAUUUAUAGAAUGGAUAAAAGCAUUAUUAGCAGGUCCAUUUGUAUUACAUGCAGAUAUUGAAAGUUUUGAUUCGGAAUUUCCUGAACUUUAUGAUAUACCAGAAGAUUCAGAUAUUUAUUUAAAAGAACAUGAAAAAGUUAUUGCAAAAGAUUGUCAAAGAAGGUAUUUAGAAAUAUUUAAAGAUGUUGAAAAUUUAAUUGAACAUACUAUAUUAAUUGAUGAAAUAAAUGAUAAAAAUCCUGAAAGAAAUUCAACUAGUAGAUUAAGAAAUUUAGUACCUUCAUUAGGAAGAUUUUUUACUCCAUUACCAUUAACAGAAGCAUUUUUAAUUGAAGAUGAAAGAAGAGCUAUAAGUAAAAGAAGAUUAGUAAGUCCUUCAUUUAAUGAUGUUAGAAUGAUUUUAAAUACUGCACAAAUAAUGGCAUUAACUAAAAUAUAUAAAGAUAAAGCAAAAGCUCAUUUAAAAUUAAUUACAUUUGAUGGAGAUGUUACUUUAUAUGAAGAUGGUCAAUCAUUAAAUGAAAAUAGUGCAGUUGUUAAAAGAUUAAUAAAUUUAUUAAAAUUAGAUUUAUUUGUUGGAGUUGUAACAGCUGCAGGAUAUCCUAAUCAAAGUGGAGCUGAAAAAUAUCAUGAAAGAUUACAAGGAUUAAUUGAUUAUUUUAAUAAUCCAAAUUGUUCUUUAAAGGAUUCACAAAAAGAAAAUUUAUUAGUUAUGGGAGCAGAAUCAAAUUAUUUAUUUAGAUAUAAUAAUGAAAUGAAAGGUUUAAAAUUUAUAAAUAGUGAUGAAUGGCUUUUACCACAAGUUAAAAGUUGGGAUAAUGAUAAAAUUACAUAUAUAAUGGAUACAAUUUAUCAACAUUUAGUACAUUUAAGAAUGAAAUUUAAUCUUGAACAAUCAACAACAAUAAUUAAAAAGGAAAGAUCAGUAGGUAUUAUUCCUAAUGAAGGUUAUAAAAUUUUAAGAGAACAAUUAGAAGAAAUGGUAUUAAGUUGCUCAAAUAAAUUAAAUAUUAUAUUAAGAGGUUCAAGAAAAUCAUAUUCAGAUUCUCAUGAAGCUCUUAUACAAUUAAGAGAUAUAAAAGUUUGUGCAUUUAAUGGAGGUAGUGAUGUAUGGGUAGAUAUUGGUGAUAAAGCUUUAGGAGUAGAAUCAUUACAAAAAUAUUUAUGUCAAGAUUCAAAUUCUGAAUUUUGUCCUAUAACAAAAGCUGAAAGUUUACAUAUUGGUGAUCAAUUUGCAAGUUUAGGUGCUAAUGAUUUUAAAGCUAGAUUAAGUGCUUGUACUGUUUGGAUUGCAAACCCUGCUGAAACAGUAGCUAUAUUGGAUGAUUUAAUAAAUUACUUGGAGUAA